AUGUCUCGCCUGGACCUGGUGAUAUUCGGUGCGACGGGGUUCACGGGUAAACAUGUCGUUAUGGAGAUGAAUAGACAGUUGAAGCGUUACCCGCUUUCUUGGGGUAUCGCUGGACGCUCUCAAGCCAAAUUAGAGGAGGUAAUCAAGGAAGCCGCACAGAAAACCGGUAGCGAUGUGUCAGCCUCAGUAAUAAUUGCUGAUGUGAACGAUGAGAAAUCCCUUAAGAACAUGUGCAGCCAGGCCAAGGUGUUAGUGAACUGUUGCGGGCCAUACCGGCAUUAUGGGGAGGCUGUGGUCAAAGCUGCCAUCGAAUCCAAGACACAUUACGUGGAUAUUGCUGCUGAACCCAUAUUCAUAGAAUCUAUGUACCUUAAAUACAACCAAGCUGCGCGUGAAGCUGGAGUAUACGUGAUCAGCGCGUGUGGCUUUGACAGCAUUCCUACUGACCUGGGAGUUGUCUUUCUAGAAAAUAACUUUGGAGGAAUAGUGAAUUCAGUUGAAUCAUACAUUACGGCUGAUGUGUCAAAACACUUAGUAGGAGGGGCAAUGGUCAACUAUGGCACCUGGGAGUCUCUCAUAUAUGGUAUACUAGACUUUAAUAAAUUACCCGAUUUGAUGAAGAAGAUAUAUCCCGAACAGAUGCCAGAAUUUAAUCCAGAACUUAAAGCCAGGUACCCAUUCCAUCGUCGGUUGACUGGAAGAAGUUUACCUCUCUUUGGCGCAGACGCACCUAUCGUAUACCGCACACAAAGAACCUUGUACGAGAGAGAUGGAAAGCGACCGAUUCAAAAUAAGACUUAUAUCGAGUUCGCUGGCAUUUGGUCCGCGAUGGCAGUCGCCUUCUUUGCGUUGAUCGGCUACGUACUCCUCAAAUUAAGGUGCCUUCGAAAUCUCUUCCUGAAUCACCCACGUGUUUUUACGUUGGGUGCCAUCACCCGCGAGGGUCCUAGUGAGGAAGUGAUGAAUAGUACUAUCUUCUCAUUUGUGCUGUUUGGUGAGGGAUGGAGCGAAGGGACUGAUAUCACCACACCGCCUAAUAAGAAACUGGUUGUUAAGGUUUCAGGUGUGAAUCCCGGAUAUGGUGCGACAGUUGUAGCUCUCUUGUUCUCAGCUCUCACAAUACUUACUGAGAAGGACAAAAUGCCUAAAGAAGGUGGUGUUCUUACAACGGGGAUUGCUUUCAAAGAUACCAACAUUAUCAAACACCUCCAUGAAAAUAACCUAAAAUUUGAAGUUAUCAAUGAUACAGUUUGA